AUGGCCGUCGAUGUUUGGUUGACCUUUUCAAAGUCUUUCGUUCACGCAGGCGCACACGGUAAGACCUCAAAGCGAUUCCGAGUUUACAGUAUCUUCUCCUGGGCGACACCUGCUUUGAUAGUGCUUGUUGCACUCAUGGUCGAAUUCCUGGCAAGUGCUUCUACUUUCCGACCUAACUACAGAAAAGGCCUUUGCUGGCUCACCAACAAGAACGCACUUUUUAUCUUCUUUGCCGCGCCACUCUUCCGUAUCAUUUUCCUGAACACUGUGCUCUUUGUAGCUACCGCAAGCAGUAUCUAUCGCUCGAAAACAUCGUCUGCCCGCCAGCUUGGAAACGACGACAACAUGGAGAUCGUCAUAUACGUGAAACUGUUCCUCGUCAUGGGUCUGACGUGGGUUGUGGGCUUCGUGGCUAUCCUAGUCUUCCACCCUGUCCUCUGGUACAUGUUCAUCAUCCUCAAUACUUUGCAGGGCCUCUUCAUAUUCCUCUCCUUCGUGAUGACCAACAGAGUAUGUCAGCUGGUUAGAGAGCGCGUAUUUGGUCGCCAACAGCGUCCAGCCAGCAGAACCAUCACGAUGAGUUCAACCAUUGGCAGUUCUACCAACGUCAUAUCGGUGGAGUUCUCUACAGGCACGAAUGAAUCGCUUUCAGUGGACUGA